AUGAACUAUGAUCAUCAGUUUUUGGUGUGGAACUGUAGAGGUGCUGGUAGCAGGAGGUUUGAGAGAAGUUUAAAGUUGCUGGUGCAGGAAAGGCGACCGGUUUUGGUGCGUCUUUUGGAGACUAGAGUUAGUCAUACCAGGGCAGAGGAAGUGUUCCAUAAAAUAGGGUUAACCAACUUUGUGGCUGUGCCAGGUUUAGGAUUUUCUGGUGGUAUUUGGGUGGCUUGGAGAGAUGAUGAGCUGAAGUUUUCAGUGCUAAAAGAAAAUGCGCAAUAUGUACAUUUGGCAGUAAAGGGGCCGAGUAAUUUGGAGUGGGUGGUUACUAUUGCCUAUGUUGGGCCAAGGGAAAGAGAUAAAUGCUUGUUCUGGGAAGAAAUGUUUCAGUUUACUUUAGUUUCUGCAAGCCCUUGGUUUCUCUUGGGAGACUUUAACGAUAUUAGAGACCAAGGGGAAAAGAAGGGAGGAGCACCUAUUCUGUUAAGGAGAUGUGAGCUGUUCAAUGAAAGAAUUAAUAGGUGCAGCUUGAUGGAUGUCGGUACUUGGGGAAAUAGAUUCACCUGGAAGGGGCUGAUUCUGCAGGGUUAUGAGAGAAGUUUUGAGAGGCUGGAUAGGGGUAUGUGUAAUGUAAAUUGGAGAUGCUCCUUUCUAAAUGCAAUGAUAAAAGUUUUGACCAGAAUAGGGUGUUCUGACCAUAAUCCUCUGUUGCUUUGUUUGGGAGAGAGAAAUAAGCCUAGUGGCGAACGCCCUUUCAGAUUUGAAGCGGCAUGGUUGCUUCACAAUAACUUUGAGGAAAUGUUGCAGAAGAACUGGAAUAGGGAAGGUAAAUUUAAUGGAAGACUUAAUAAAUUGCGUGAUAGUCUUAUUUCUCGGAACCGUGAAGUGUUCAGAAGUAUUCAUAAAAGGAAGAAGCUUUUGGUUGCGAGACUAGAUGGAAUCCAAAAGAAAAUCAGUAAUUGCAAUAGACCCAGCCCUUCCUUAAUCAAACUGGAGGAUAAUUUGCAGAAAGAACUUGAAGAUGUGCUGAGUCAAGAAGAGAUACUGUGGUACCAGAAAUCUAGAAGAGAGUGGAUUAACGAUGGAGAUAGAAACACUAAGUUCUAUCAUGUUCGAACUCUUGAUCGGAGAAGGAGAAAUAAGGUAGCUAUGCUAAAAAGGGAUGGAGAAAUUUGGGUAGAGGAUCAAGAAGAAUUAAAGGAAAUGGCUAAGGAUUUCUUUAUAAAGCUAUUUACUGAAGAAAAGAAUUCUGACCAGCAAGAUUUAGGGGUGACUGAGAACCUGAUGAUCACCUUUCCCACUUUACCAUCAAAAGAGAUAGAAUGGAUGGAUAGAGAUAUUGUGGAUGAGGAAGUGAGGGAUGCCAUGUUUUCAAUUGGAGCCUUUAAAGCCCCCGGUGAAGAUGGUUUCCCUGCUAUUUUCUUCUAA